AUGGAGAUGGGAAAUCGCCGCCACAGCAUUGAGGUCUUUCGACUGCGCCUGCGUGAGACAAUGAACGAGGGCGACGACAGCGACGGCGGCGUCGGUAGUACCGAUGCACACAGCAGUGCGAGCCUUCCAGCGCAUCAACAGAUGUCGGGACAGCUGUCGAGUCAAGAGAAUAAUACAUCCAGUAGACGGAUGAUGUACCCGAUUGAAGAGGUUACGACGAAGAAGGAGACGAGAGAGCAGCAGGGGAGACAGGAAGAAGAAGAAGAAGACGAAGAAGCUGCUGGGAGGACAGAGAGGACUGUUGUGAGACGGUCAGUUCGGCCCGAAGUGUACAUAGACGAGGACAGUGACGAGGACCGACUUGUGGCUGGAGAGCACCUUCCAAUUGAUGACAGCAGUCGAGAAGAGGAGGACAUUGACGGCCGUGAACUUCAUGCGCGACGCAAACCUCCUUUUCUUACAGCUUCGUCCUCUUCGGGCGAUGAAAGCAGCUCGAGGACAUUGCGUUGCAGUCUUGAUGCCGUCUAUUGUCCGUCGUCUUUGGAUACUCGAGAACCGCAAAGUACUGAAGCUGUCGCGCAACCCGAUGAGAGUCUCGAGUCCUCGGAGACUGAGGAGCCGAUCAUGACGAUUGAAGCUGAAAGUGCAGAAGCCACUGCGACGCAACAGUUGACGCGCUCGAACUCGUCACUAACGGAUCAGCCGAAGGACGUACUUCGCGAAUCGAGAUGUGUCGUGCUCGUGACGCGCCCGAGUCAGCGGGAUAUUGAGAUGUGGACCGAGCGUGCAACGAGUACGAUGGUCAAGUCCACCGAAAGCAGUGCCCAAUCGACGCCGACUAGCGCACAGGGUCGGCGAUGGGUACUUGAGUACAAGCCCGUUGUCCGCCACUCUGGAUGGCUCAUUAAGCGUGGUCAUGGUUUACGUAAUUUCAAGCGCCGGCUGUUCUGUAUUGUGGACAACGAGCUUAUUUAUCACGACACACACGACGCAACGGAAGUUCGUGGUCGUCUGGAUCUCACGCGAAAGAGCACAGUGCAGUGCAUGUUGCAUAGCGGCUUCAAGUUUGUGCAAAGUGGCUACGGUAUGGUUUUGUACGCUUUGGAUAACCACGACCGGGACGUGUGGAUUCGAAAAUUGCAGGAACACAAUGUACAAUUGCUGCCUGAGGGUGCCAAGACUGCAAGACUGCUGAAGCAGAACAGCGACAAUGCAGACAAAGGCGGUCCUAUCAUUUUUUCUGGCUGGCUGCGCAAACGUGGUCGUAUGGUAAAAUCGACAAAGCGACGCUGGUUUGAGCUGUCGAACGGCACGCUUUCGUACUUUGCUCACCCACAGGGUGGUUCCCGAAAGGGUUCUCUUGACGUCUCUCGCGCACGGGUAUCGCCCGUUGACAGUAUCAAGACGGGGGAAAGACACAGCUUUCAGAUUUGUACCGCUAGUCGAAACCUGUUCUUGCAUGCUGAUAGCCAAGAGGAACGGUCCAUCUGGAUAGCUGCUCUCGCCUCGGUAGGCGAAGGCAGUAGUACGAGUGUGACACAGGCUGGUGCGACGCCUCCAAAGUCCGAUGCCAACGAUUUUUCCAGGCCUAUGAGCGUAUCGGAGAUCGGCUGGGCGUGCAAAUGCGGUGCUCUGGAGCAAGGUGGUGCAAGUAUUGACGGGGCCUGUCGCCGUUGUAUGUCCUCCUUCAUUUCAAAUACAGAAGACGUGAUGGUGGAUGUGGCACGCGAAGUGCAGCUGCUGCUCGCAUCUCCGUACUCCCCGGAGGGCUGCACAUCCGCUGCUUUCUUGAAAGAGCACGCUGGUCGUCCAGUCCACAACACGACGGUGCGGGAGUUCAUGAUUGGACUUGCAGGCUAUUUGAUUCAUACGCGCUUGAAAGAGCUGUUGAUGCUUGCAGGUGUUGCACAGCGUGACAGCAGCUUGGAUAGCGACUCUGACGAAGACGGAGUCAAGGCAAGCGUUGCAUGCCCGCAGGACCCUGCAGUGGUCAAUGAGACUACGAAUAACAUCCAAACGAUUGUUUACGAGCAGACUGAAGAACGUGUGUUAUUCCCUCUGUACCGUGCGAUCUUGACGAACGUGCACGCACAAACACGAGAGGAUGCAAAAGUGCUGAAGGGAAAGAUCGAAAUUCUGCGCGGCAAGUCGCAAGCAUUCUUUGGCAUCGGUCCGGACAGCGUGUCGUCUUCUCGAUGGGUGUCGGCCUGUGCAAAGUUACGAGAAGUCGACAAGGUGAGUCUCCCGUACAUGAAACGUGCGCAGCUGCUGGCGGCUUGCAAGGACAUCUACGCGGUGUACCACACCGAGCACCCUACUCAGCCGCCCAUGAGUGCGGACGCCUUCAUUCCCGCCUUCAUCUACGUGCUCAUUCACUCGCGUCUACGCGAUCCCGUGGCGCUCAAAGAGCUGAUCACGACCUUUGAUUUGGGCAGUCAACAUGGAGAGAUUGCAUACUUCGUGACGUGUCUGGAGAUCGCACUAGAGUACAUUCGGUCGCUCCUGACCGCAUGUACCGUGGUCUUGUCUUCAGCUCGCAAGCUCGGGAUUGAGUUUUCCAAGCACGUGGAAGCCGACGUGGUGAUCGUCCAUCGGCUGCUCCCGGGUGAACAGGCGGAGCAGAGCGGCGUGAUCAAUGUUGGCGAUGUGCUUGUCGCUGUGAACGGAUUACCAGUGUACGAGAUGGAGCUUGCAGAAGUGGCCAAACUCUGGCGUGGCAUCGACGGCGAGGCCGAGUUCUGUUUCCUGCCCAUGGACGAGUACCUGAGGAAGUACGGCCUGUCCUAA